GGACAGCGUCGCUCGCGGACGGCCGAGCCCGAGGCCCGCCACCCUGCGGCUGCUACCCUCCCGCCGCGCGGCCCCUGUUCCCCGCGAGCACGGCCGCGGUGCCGGCCAUGGAGUAAGGAGGAGGCGGCGUGGGAAGAGGAAGAUGGCGGCGGGCAAGAGCGGCGGCGGCGCUGGGCAGGCUGCUUUUCUGGAAGCUUUGGCUAGAUCAGAAUCUAAGAGAGAUGGAGGUUUUAAAAAUAAUUGGAGCUUUGAUCAUGAAGAAGAAAGUGAAGGAGAUGCAGAUAAAGAUGGGGCAAAUCUACUCAGUGUAGAAGAUGAGGACUCUGAAACCUCAAAAGGAAAAAAGUUACAUCGGAGGUCUGAGAUUGUUGCUACUAGCUCUGGUGAUUUCAUCUUGAAGACCUAUGUAAGACGAAACAAGACUGACAGUUUUAAAACUUUGAAAGGCAACCCGAUUGGACUUAACAUGUUAAGCAACAAUAAAAAACUGAGUGAAAAUACACCAGCUGCAGCGAUAUGCUCUGGAACCGUAGUUCAUGGCAGGCGCUUCCAUCAUGCUCAUGCACAGAUACCAGGCGUCAAAACAGCAGCUCAGAGCAAUCAGGACCGCAAAGAAAGGAAAGAAUAUCCACCUCAUGUCCAAAAAGCUGAAAACAACCCUGUAAUGUUAAGUCAUGUCCAAGGUGUAGAUCGUAUAAUGAAGAAAACAGAAGAGUCGGAAUCAUAUAUAGAGCCUGAAAUUAAGAGGAAAGUACAGCAGAAACGGCACUGUAGUACCUAUCAGCUAUCUCCACUUUCCCCUGCUUCAAAGAAGUGUUUGACCCAUUUAGAGGUAUCUGAACAGCGUGAAUGUUGCCCAAAAUGUGGAAAAGAAAAAGAAAAUCAGACCAAAUGCCAAAGUUGUGGUAUUGUUUUUCAUAAUGAUUUGCAAAGAAAUUGCAGACAAGCUAUAACUUUGCAUGAAUCCACUGGACCUUUACUAAGAACGUCAAUUCAUCAGAAUUCUGGAGGACAGAAGUCACAAACCACAGGAUUAACAGCCAAGAAGUUUUAUGGUAACAGUGUGGAGAAGAUUCCAAUAGAUAUUUUAGUGACUUGUGAUGCUAGUAGACAUAAUUACAUCCAGACUAAUGGAAAAGUCAUUCUACCUGGAGGAAAAAUACCUAAAUUCAUAAACCCGAAAGAACGAAAGACAAGCUUGUCAGAUCUGAAUGAUCCAAUCAUUUUGUCCAGUGAUGACGAUGAUGAUGAGAGGACUAGCAGAAGAGAGAGCAUAUCUCCACAGCCUGCAGACUCCGCGUGUUCUUCCCCAGCGCCAUCGACGGGAAAAGUAGAAGCUGCACUAAAUGCAAAUAUUUGCAGAACAGAGCAGGAAUCUAGAAGCAACCCAGCAGAUUCGGAGUUAAACACAGUUGUCAUACCAAGAAAAGCAAGAAUGAAGGACCAGCUCGGUAAUCCCAUCAGCACACCUCUAAAACGUCGCAAAAUAAACACUUAUGGAACUUUAAUUCACUCUGUGUCACUGUCACCUACCCCAAACUUUGGAAGUGUCAUUUUAAACUGCCGAAGUAUACGAGUUGGAACGCACUUCCGACUAUUGGUAGAGCCUGUAAUUUUUUCUUUAGAGGCAAUCAAGAUACAGCUAGAUGGACCAGAUAGUGAUCCUGUAGAGAUUAUUUUAAAUACCUCUGAUCUAACUAAAUGUGAAUGGUGUAAUGUCCGGAAAUUACCAGUAGUGUUCCUCCAGGCAAUACCAUCAGUUUAUCAAAAGCUGAGCAUGCAGCUGCAAGUGAAUAAAGAAGAUAAAGCUUGGAAUGAUUGUAAAGGAAUGAACAGGUUAACAAGUUUAGAAGAACAGUACAUUAUUUUAAUUUUUCAAACUGGCCUUGAUCCUCAGGCAAAUGUGGUCUUUGAAAGUAUCAUUACUGACAUUGGUAUAAAGAAUAAUGUUUGCAACUUUUUUGCGAAAAUUCCUUUUGAAGAAGCCAAUAGCAGACUUGUUGCCUGUACAAGAAGCUAUGAAGAAAGCAUCAAAGGAAAUUGUGUGCAAAAAGAGAACAAAGUGAAAACUGUGUCCUUUGAAUCUAAAAUACAGCUCAGAAGCAAACAAGAAUUGCAGUUUUUUGAUGAUGAGGAAGAAACCGGAGAGAGCCACACUAUCUUCAUUGGCCCUGUAGAAAAAUUGAUAGUGUAUCCACCACCUCCAGCUAAGGGAGGCAUCUCUGUUACUAAUGAGGACCUGCACUGUCUAAGUGAAGGAGAGUUUUUAAAUGAUGUUAUUAUCGACUUUUAUUUGAAAUACUUGGUGCUUGAAAAACUGAGGAAAGAAGAUGCUGACCGAAUUCAUAUAUUCAGUUCUUUUUUCUAUAAACGCCUUAAUCAGAGAGAGAGAAGAAAUGCUGAGACAACUAACCUAUCAAUACAACAAAAACGUCAUGGGAGAGUAAAAACAUGGACCCGGCAUGUAGAUAUUUUUGAGAAGGAUUUUAUUUUUGUACCCCUUAAUGAAGCUGCACACUGGUUUUUGGCUGUUGUUUGUUUCCCUGGUUUGGAAAAACCAAAAUAUGAACCUAACCCCCAUUACCAUGAAAAUGCAGUUGUGCAAAGAAGUUCAGCUGCAGAGGACAGUUGUGUUUCUUCUGCCAGUGAAAUGGACAGUUGUUCACAGAACUCUUCUGCCAAGCCUGUGAUUAAGAAGAUGCUAAACAGAAAGCAUUGCUUAACUGUAACUGAGUCCAGUGCUGGACAGGAAGAAAGUGAGCCUUGUUAUCGGAGAAACACAUACAGUGUGAAAUGUAGUGUGAAAAAAAAAAACCAUGCUGUAAGUGAAAACGAAGAAUCAAGUGAUGGAAAAUCUUCAUGCCAGGAAGUUAUUGAUAGAGCUAAAAGUGAGAAUGGCCUACAGGAUGAAUGUUUAAAUUCUAUACAUCAUCCAGAUGCCUUAAGCAAAAUCAGACUAAACUACGGUGAUCAGUCAGCUGAAGGUGGCAAAAUGCUGGAAGAUGAACUCAUUGACUUCUCAGAGGAUCAGGAUGAGCCGGAUGAUAGCAGCGAUGAUGGACUCCUUGCUGAUGAAAACUACAAUUCAGAAAUAGGACAGUGGCAUUUAAAACCUCUUGUCUGUAAACAACCUUGUAUCCUCCUUAUGGACUCACUUAGAGGCCCUUCUCGGUCAAAUGUUGUCAAAAUUCUAAGAGAGUAUUUAGAAGUGGAAUGGGAGGUUAAAAAAGGAAGCAAAAGAAGUUUUUCCAAAGAUGUUAUGAGGGGUUCCAACCCCAAAGUUCCACAGCAGAACAACUUCAGCGACUGUGGCGUAUACAUACUGCAGUAUGUAGAGAGCUUUUUUGAGAAUCCAAUACUAAGUUUUGAGCUCCCUAUGAAUUUGGUGAACUGGUUUCCUCCCCCCAGAAUGAAAACAAAAAGAGAAGAAAUCCGAAACAUAAUUCUGAAAUUGCAGGAAGAGCAGAGUAAAGAGAAGAAGCUGCUGAAGGACACUUUCUCAGCAGAAACAUCCGCAGGGGAAGGAGCAGAGCAGUAUGCCAGCAGUGUCUCAGAGUGACCAGGAAGCUGGGGCUCUAGCUUCAGAAAUCACAUGGCAUUCAACUUUGGUUAUAGACAGUAAAGAGCCAAAGUGCUCACUACUCAGAGAUUUGGGGAGGGUUAAUGCUGUAAAAAUGUCACAUAAGUAAUUUCCAAAGGAUUAUGUAUUAAGUAAAAGUCUGUAAAUAUGUUAAUGAGGCCAAUUUUUCCAACAUUUAUAAUUAUUUUUUUCACUUUUAGGAAACCUUUGUUAUGUAUUUUCUGUUAAUAAUACUAAAACUGCAACUUCUAAACACAAAUAAACUAUUUAUAGGAGGAAACGAUUAAUUUGA